AAACUAAGAGAUCCCUUCUUACCCACCUGGAACCCUCACAGAGAAAGUCCUCUUGGCUGAAUUCUCCUGGAUAUUCUAUUUAGAUCUUUAUUGUUUUAACAUGCAUCCUGCACACAGCACCAGGAGUUCUGUAAGUGCCAAUAAGGAAUUCCUGAAGAGUUUGCCAGGGGUGCUGAGGGUACUGCAGCUGGUGAGUGGAGCUGGCAUUUGGAUUACCAUAGCUUCUAACCACUAUGGGGGCUCCAUCCACUUUGCUCUGUUUGUGGCUGUCUUCUUCUGGCUGUUAACCCUUGUGAUUUACUUCCUAACUCUGCUGGACAAGCAGGAACUGGUGCCAAUCCUGGGGGCAGAACGCUGGGUUUUUACCAAUGCCAUCUAUGAUGCCCUUGCCACUGUCCUGCACAUUGCUGCCGCUGGCAUAAUGAUCAGUAAGACAAAAGACAAUGAAUACUGCAAUCUGGAGACUUAUAAGCUGCCCUGCCUCUUUAAAGCUUACUUAACAGCAUCUAUAUUUGCCUGCAUUUGCUGCAUCCUCUAUGCCAUCACAUGCAUCUACUUCUUUUGCAAGAAAUGCAGAGGGAACCAAAGUGUUGUUUACAGUUAAUGAGGACACAUUUCCUCUUCACAGUUGGGAACAAAUAACUAUUUCUUCCUGGACUCCAAUGAAUUACACUUUUUUUUUUCUUUUUUUUCAACAAAGGGAUUCCUGUAUGACACAUUCUAUCAAAGGCCAAAGAAUUACUUGAGACCAACUGCUUCAUUGAUCAGUGAUCUCUUGAUAAAGGAAUGUUAAAUAUUGGAUGAAUACACUAAAAAAAAAAAAAAAAAAAAACCUUAACAUUUGGGUUUGUAUCAAAUGUGU